UCUUCAGUACGAUGAACGAAUUAGUAGCUUUAGCGCCUUCUUAGUUCACGAUUGGAGACAAAGCCUUGGAGUCCCUGAAAAUACAAUGCAUACGCCAGUAGAUCACCAUCAUAUGGCCUUUAUUGCCAGUAUCUGGCCCACGGCAAUAGUGAUGACCACCUACCUGGUGUUCGUCCUAAAGCUGGGUCCAAAAAUGAUGGCCCAUCGGAAGGCUUUCGAGCUGCGUGGAAUAAUCAAGGUUUAUAACAUCGUUCAGAUCUUGUACAAUAUCGUGACUUUCAUAUAUUUCACACACUUCAUGUUCAUCCUGCGACCCUACAGUCUGCGCUGCAUGGUUUCACUGCCCCUGGACCACGAGCAUAAGGACAGAGAGCGCUUCAUCACAUAUUUGUAUUUGAGCAAUAAAUUCAUGGACCUCCUGGAUACGGUGUUCUUCGUACUGCGCAAAAAGAAUAGACAGAUAUCCUUCCUGCACGUGUUUCAUCAUGUGGCCCUGGUCACAUUCUCCUAUGCGAUACCGAGAUUCUACGGUGCCGGCGGCUCCCCACUCCUCAUGGCUUUCCUUAACCAGAUCGUGCAUGCGAUAAUGUACACCUACUAUCUACUGUCCUCAAUAAGCCCGGCGGCGCAGGCGAGUCUCUGGUGGAAGAAGUAUAUCACGAUGUUUCAGUUGAUCCAGUUCGCUCUCAUAUUCCUCCAAUGCAUCGACAUGCUGCUGCAACCAAAUUGUGAAGCUCCGCGAACGGUGGCCUAUGUGUUUGCAGCCUUCUCCGUGGCCUUGGCUGUGAUGUUCUCCAAAUUCUACUUUAAGACGUAUAUUCGACCAAACAGGAGGAAGUCGGGGAGAUCUUAGAUCUAACAAUUUGUCGAAUAUGUUAAUUGUUAUUAGCAUUAGCUUUAUAUAUACGAGGCUAAGUAAGACAGGGCUAUUAAAACUGCGGCUCAGCGGCACAACGAAGCCUUUCUCUCCAGUUUUGAAAUAAAAAAUAUUACAGUUAUAUGUAAGUAUGACUUUGUGCUCUACAAUAUGACAGCUUUGUCUAAUUUUUGCGUAAUAAAACGAGUUCCAAUUCGAUUUUAAAUACAAAACACAA